AUGGGGGGGGGGGCGGAGAAGAAGAGGGAGGAGCCAGAAAGGGGGACAGGGAGGAGGAAGAAGGAGAGGAGAAGAAGAGAGGGAGAGGAGAGGGAGGAGGGAGGAUGCGAGGAGAGAGACCGAGAGGGGGGAAGACAGAGGGGGGAAGAGAGGGAGGAAGGGGGCGAGAGGGGGGAAGAGAGGGGGAGAGGAAGCAGAGGGGGGGAGAAGAGCGGAGAGGAGAGGGGGGAGGAGAGGAGAGAGGGGGGGGAAGAGAGGGGGGAGAAGGAGGGGGGAGAAGAGAGGGGGGGGAGGAAGAGAGGGGGGGAGGGGAGAGGGAGGAGGAAGGGGGGGGAAGAGAGGGGGGAGGAGGAGAGAAGGGGGGGAGAAGAGAGGAGGGGGGGGAGGAGGAGAGAAGGGGGGGAGAAGAGGGAGGGGGGAAGGAGGAGAGAGGGGGGGAGAAGAGAGGGAGGGAGAAAGAGAGGGAGAGGGGGGGGAAGAGGGAGAAGGAGAGAGGGGGGGAGAAGAGAGGGAGAGGAGAGAGGGGGGGAGAAGAGAGGGGGGAGAGAGGGGAGGAGAGAGAGAGAAGGGGGGGAGAGAAGAGAAGGGGGAGAGGAGAGAGAGGGGGGGAGGAGAGAGGGGGGAGAAGAGAGAGGAGAGGAGGGGAGAGAGGGGGGGAGAGGAGAGAAGGAGGAGGGAGAGAGAGGGGGGGAGGGAGGGGGGGAGGAGGAGAGAGGGGGGGAAAGAGGGGAGGAGAGAGAAGGGGGGGGGGGGGGGGGGGGGUGGAAGAGCAGUCUGAUGCAGGGUAAGUCCAAACAGACCAAGACCUAACCAUACAGGCAGUGACCUCAGACACACUGCGAGCAACGUAACACAGAUUCUGCCAGCGACCCAACACGCAACAGUUAAAAGGAGGUCAAAUCCAUGACAAAGGCUGGCUGUCUGAUUCAUCCAGCACAAUGUUUUGUCCCACCACUAGAAAACACAGUCAACUGGGAACACAAAUGAGGUUCCUAGCCUCACACUACUAUCUAGACUACACAAGCAGACACUCCGUUUGCUAAAUGUGCCAGGCAUGUCCUGUGUGUUACAGCUGAAUUAGCCUGGCCUACUAUGCCCUUCAUGCCAGAAAACACUGCUUUCCACACCAUCAAACACACUGCUUGUUAGUGGAGAGACACACAAUUACAUCUUAAAAUCAAAGUAAACCAAAAGGGGGAGAAGACCAGUUUGUGAAAUCAUUCUAGUGUAAUAGUCUACGUGUGUUAACGUCAUCUGGUAUAAUAUGCCAUUUAAUAUGCCAUUUAGCAGACGCUUUUAUCCAAAGCGACUUACAGUCAUGUGUGCAUAACUUUUUACGUAUGGGUGGUCCCGGGGAUCGAACCCACAACCCUGGCGUUACAAGCGCCAUGCUCUACUUUAAUAAUAGUGUGUUACGUCAUCUGGUAUAAUAAUAAUAAAGCAGUGUGUUACGUCAUCUGGUAUAAUAAUAUAAAGCAGUGUGUUAAGUCAUCUGGUAUAAUAAUAAAAGUAGUGUGUUACGUCAUCUGGUAUAAUAAUAAAAGUAGUGUGUUACGUCAUCUGGUAUAAUAAUAAAGCAGUGUGUCGUCAUCUGGUAUAAUGAUAAAGCAGUGUGUUACGUCAUCUGGUAUAAUAAUAAUAAUAAUAAAGCAGUGUGUUAAGUCAUCUGGUAUAAUAAUAAAGCAGUGUGUUACGUCAUCUGGUAUAAUAAUAAAGUAGUGUGUUACGUCAUCUGGUAUAAUAAUAAAGUAGUGUGUUACGUCAUCUGGUAUAAUAAUAAAGUAGUGUGUUACGUCAUCUGGUAUAAUAAUAAAGCGGUGUGUUACGUCACCUGGUAUAAUAAUAAAGUAGUGUGUUACGUCACCUGGUAUAAUAAUAAAGCAGUGCGUUACGUCAUCUGGUAUAAUAAUAAAGUAGUGUGUUACGUCAUCUGGUAUAAUAAUAAAGUACUGUGUUACGUCAUCUGGUAUAAUAAUAAAGUAGUGUGUUACGUCAUCUGGUAUAAUAAUAAAGUAGUGUGUUACGUCAUCUGGUAUAAUAAUAAAGUAGUGUGUUACGUCAUCUGGUAUAAUAAUAAAGUGGUGUGUUACGUCAUCUGGUAUAAUAAUAAAGUGGUGUGUUACGUCAUCUGGUAUAAUAAUAAAGUGGUGUGUUACGUCACCUGGUAUAAUAAUAAAGCAGUGUGUUACGUCAUCUGGUAUAAUAAUAAAGUAGUGUGUUACGUCAUCUGGUAUAAUAAUAAAGCAGUGCGUUACGUCACCUGGUAUAAUAAUAAAGCAGUGCGUUACGUCACCUGGUAUAAUAAUAAAGUAGUGUGUUACGUCACCUGGUAUAAUAAUAAAGCAGUGUGUUACGUCAUCUGGUAUAAUAAUAAAGUAGUGUGUUACGUCAUCUGGUAUAAUAAUAAAGCAGUGCGUUACGUCACCUGGUAUAAUAAUAAAGCAGUGCGUUACGUCACCUGGUAUAAUAAUAAAGCAGUGCGUUACGUCACCUGGUAUAAUAAUAAAGCAGUGUGUUACGUCACCUGGUAUAAUGAUAAAGCG